AUGAAAGAGGAUCAUUUUAAAAUUGAAAAAAAAAUAGUGCAAAAAGUAAAAGAGAUGAUGAUCCUGGUGUUCUAUCAAGAAAGAUAAUAAGAUAUUAAUAAAAAAUAUGUUUGUUUAAGUGAUUUGAAUAGAAAGAGAUUUUAAUAAAAUAAAGGAGGAUUUGUAUAUAGUUUUACACUUAUAUAUUCUGAUAUAAUCUUGAUAGCAAAAUAGUUUAUACAAUUAAGGAUUAUGGAAUCAUAAUUAAUUAAGUUUUUGUUAAGAAUCAUUUAUAAAAUAUAAUUAAAGCCUUAAUUAAAUAUUAGAUAUUAUAUUGUUAAGUUUUGUAAAUAUAAUGUAAUGUAUAGAUUGUCAUCAUGA